AUGGGCGAAGACAGUACUGAACCCGUAUGGCGAGGAUAUCUCUAUGCAGUCCUCAUGUUUAUAGCACCGAUGAUUGAAUCAAUUCUCACGAGUCAAUACGAUUUAGGCAUCGGAAUCAUCACUCUUAGGAUGAGGUCGUGUUUAACAAAUGCUAUCUAUAAGAAGAGCCUUCGAUUGUCGAGUACCGGACGUAAAGACUUCACAAUUGGCGAAAUAGUAAAUCUAAUGGCUAUCGACACGUCCAGAAUAGUAGAGUUCGUUCAAGUGAUUAACGAGACCUGGUCUUCACCCCUUCAGAUCGCAAUUGCAUUGUAUUUAUUAUGGCAACAGUUGGGCAUCGCAUCCAUUGCCGGUUUGGGAGCAAUGCUAAUCCUA